AUGCCUCUUCAGCACACAUCUUUAAAGAAUGUCAAGCCAUUCGAUUACAUGCAUACAAGAUUUUGUUUAUUAUUAAUGGUGGUAUUCAUUAUUCUAAUUUCAAUUACAACAACAACAGUAGUACUAGGAGACAGCCCAAUUCACAACAACACUUCCGAAUCGGAAGGUGCACCAACAUCUUUUACGCCCUCCAUCAAUGAUCACACUUCUCGCCAUGAGAGACCCAUUCCGAAAGUCAUUAUGAGAACCAAAGAAGAACAUCAACGACAUAACCAAAGAAGAACAACCCAAACAUCAUCAUCAUCGACAACAUUCACACAACCUCACUCCAAAUUCAUUCAAUGGCAUCAUUGUUACAGUGCCGAUGAAGAAGACUUGGAGAGUGGUAUUUCACUCAUUACUGCACAUUUAACCAUUGUUCCCACUCGAUACAAUGUUCCAGGUGUGCGUGUCGAUAUGGAUAUGAAAUUCAACAUGCCAAUACCCAAUACCAACAUGUUGUUUUAUCAAUUUGAAUUGUGGCAUGAAGAGACUGGUCAAACGAUCAAAUAUAAGGGACCUUAUGAUGUGUGUUGUGGAAAUUUUAUUCAUCCUCAUGAGAAGAGUCGUAGUCAUGGUCAUGAUGAUGAUGAUAAGGACGAGAAGGAACAGAAUUCGAGUGGUGAACGUGUUGAUUCUUCUCAAAAUAGUAGUAGUAAUAAUAAUAAUAAUAAUAACAAUGAAGAGAUUAAGAAUCAUCCUCUCUCUAAGAAUCAUCAUUUGGAAUUUGGAUGUUCUCUCGAAGAAUCUCAUUGCCCCAUUGUGAAUUUAAACAAAACCUAUCAUGCUCAAAUUGAAAGACCACUCUACGUGACUGAAAAAGGAACGUAUGAAGCGAGUGUUAAGAUUUACAAGCAUCGACAAUUGGAAUCUGAUCCAUCCAGAACUGAAAAGUAUGAAUAUUUAUGUGUGGAUAUUCCUUUUAAAGUGAAUUUUGAAAAGGAAAUGUUAAAUACUGCUCUAUGGAAACAAACGAGUCCUAACGAAGGAGACCUUGCACUCACUACAAGUAGUAGUAGUACUAGUAUUGAUAAACAUCCAGUCAUUAAAGAUGAAAUGUAA